AUGUCCCAUGAGAUUCAUUUCCUCUUCUCCUCCACUUAUUUCCUGUCUGAGUUUGGGACGCAGUGGUCCCCAUACCCAAUAGGACAUGGGACGGCACAGGCCCACGGGGGUCACAAGGCACAGAGUAUUGCUUUUGGAAUAAGAGACGAAGCAGACCCCAGACCCCUCUCGGCACAAACACUCGCGGCCUUGUGCGCAGCUGCGGCCCGGGACUGUGUGGAGCCGUGUGGAGGCUGCGGCUCUGGGAAAGCUCAAGCAGAGGGCCACACCGGGAACAGGCAGGAGGCCCAGUGGAAGAUGGGCUUCCAGGAUACCUCCACAGACAUCAGUGCUGCUGCUGUGGCAGAGAUAACUGGGGGUGGCAUGAGGCCACGGCUGACUCUGCAGGAACACGCCUUGUGGCCGUCGCAGACUGAGCCGAGGAGCAGGUGGACCAGAGACCUGACAGUGAGCAUCAGUGCACACGUCGUCAAGUAA